AUGAUUAAGGAUCUGUGGCUGGUUGCUAAUCUUGCAAUCACUACGGAUUUAUGGAGGCUGCGCAACAAAGUUUAUUUUGAAGAUGUUGUUGUACAUUGGCUAGGUUUUAAAGGUAGAGUUUAUCAGUUAAUUCGUGAUAACUCAAUUAGGAUGAAGGGCCAUAUGAAUAAUACAAUGGAGGAUUUACGCAUCUUGAAUUAUUUCAAAGUGAAGCAUAGAUCGUGCAAAGUUUCUUCUCCAAUUGAGGUAUGGUGGUGUCCUCCUAACCAAGAUGAAAUCAUGAUUUGCUGUGAUGGUGCGUCCCUUGGAAAUCCAGGCCCGGUUGGUGCUGGCGUUACUUUUCGUGAUGCAAACGCAGCUGUUUUGGGUGUCCUCUGCGUUGGCCUGGGAUUGCAGACAAACUUUUAUACGGAAGUGUGCGCAGUUAUAUAUGGUGCUAUGUUGGCAAGAAGGUGGAAUUUUAGGAGUAUCUGCGUACAAUCUGAUUCGAUGGGUUGCAUUCAAGCUUUCCAAAAUGAGGGUUUACCUUGGAAAUUAAAUCAGAAGUGGAUAUUGGCGAGGAGUUUUUACUCCAAUAUUCGCUACAUUCAUAGAUAUAGGGAAGUUAAUUUUUCUACAGAUGCUUCGGCUAAGCAAGCAUGUUUACUAGAUGAGGACAUUUUUGAGUUUUAUGAGGGGCGGCCAAUAUCUAUGCUUUCUGUAGAAUGGCCGGGUGAGGUUUAUUUCCGUUUUAAAUAG